CACAACCUCACUGCAACACAACGCAACCUCACUGCAACACAACACAACCUCACUGCAACACAACACAACCUCACUGCAACACAACACAACCUUCACUACUACUCAACACAACCUCACUGCAACACAUCAAGACAACCUCACUGCAACACAUCAAGACAACCUCACUGCAACACAACACAACCUCACUGCAACACAACACAACCUUCACUACUACUCAACACAACCUCACUGCAACACAACAACACAACCUCACUGCAACACAUCAACACAACCUCACUGCAACACAACAUAACCUCACUGCAACACAACACAACCUCACUGCAACACAACAUAACCUCAUUGCAACACAACACAACCUCACUGCAACACAACACAACUUUCACUACUACUCAACACAACCUCACUGCAACACAUCAACACAACCUCACUGCAACACAACACAACCUCACUGGAACACAACACAACCUCACUGCAACACAACACAACCUCACUGCAACACAACACAACCUCACUGGAACACAACACACCCUCACUGCAACACAACACCACCUCACUGCAACACAACACAACCUCACUGGAACACAACACAACCUUCACUGCAAGUUCUUUUCGGUCAGCAUGAACUAUCCGUGAGUUAUAAAAGAUUGCAUCAUUUUCAACAACCAAACUAUACACCCACAUACACACCCACAUACACACCCACAUACACACCCACAUAAAGACCUACGUUACACACCCACAUACAGACCUACGUUACACACCCACCUACAGACCCACAUACAGACCUACGUUACACACCCACAUACAGACCUACGUUACACACCCACCUACAGACCCACAUACAGACCUACGUUACACACCCACAUACAGACCUACGUUACACACCCACAUACAGACCCACAUACAGACCUACGUUACACACCCACCUACAGACACACAUACAGACCUACGUUACACACCCACAUACAGACCCACAUACAGACCUACGUUACACACCCACCUACAGACACACAUACAGACCUACGUUACACACCCACAUACAGACCUACGUUACACACCCACAUACAGACCUACGUUACACACCCACCUACAGACCUACGUUACACACCCACAUACAGACCUACGUUACACACCCACCUACAGACACACAUACAGACCUACGUUACACACCCACAUGCAGACCUACGUUACACACCCACGUACAGACCUACGUUACACACCCACCUACAGAUCUACGUUACACACCCACGUACAGACCUACGUUACACACCCACAUACAGACCUACGUUACACACCCACAUACAGACCUACGUUACACACCCAUAUACAGACCUACGUUACACACCCACCUACAGACCUACGUUACACACCCACCUACAGACCUACGUUACACACCCACAUACAGACCUACGUUACACACCCACCUACAGACCUACGUUACACACCCAUAUACAGACCUACGUUACACACCCACCUACAGACCUACCUUACACACCCACCU